AAUGCGCGCGAUCGUAUAUAUAACCGCCGUACUGCAUGUCGAUAAACAAGAGCUCUAGUAGUCGAGUUCAACUUAUUUUUUGUGUAUCGAACACAACGUACAGAAAGAAAUUUGCCAGAAAAUCCGAAAAUAUGUUUCGCUUUUUCGUGGUGGCUGUGGCGCUCUUUGCGCUGGUCGACGCGCAGUACCAAAGGAUUACGUUGCACAAGAUGAGUUCUAUUCGAAAAAAUUUGAAGAAAGCUGGUAUUGACUUGAAAAAAACUCAUUUUGACGUACGAGGAUCAGAACCUUUGUCUAAUUAUUAUGAUGCUCAAUAUUAUGGUAACAUUACCAUCGGAACUCCUCCGCAAUCGUUUUCAGUUUUAUUUGAUACUGGUUCCUCAAAUCUUUGGGUACCAUCGGCAAAAUGCGCAAGUGACGAUGAGGCUUGCUUGAACCAUCAUAAAUAUUACAGUAGCAAAUCCAGUACAUAUAAACCAAUUAAUACUCCAUUUUCUAUCCAGUAUGGCACUGGCAGUUUAACUGGAUUCCUAUCUUCUGAUGUAGUGACUGUUGCCGGCCUCCCUGUUCAAGAUCAAGGAUUCGCAGAAGCCGUCGAGCAGCCAGGUGAUACGUUUGUUUAUUCAGAGUUUGACGGUAUCUUGGGCAUGGGUUAUCCCGAGAUAUCCCAGGAUGGAGUGACGCCUGUCUUCGUAAACAUGGUUAAACAACACUUAGUAGAACAACCUAUUUUUAGCUUCUAUCUGAGUCGAGACUCUUCAGCCGAGAAAAGUGAACUGAUAUUGGGUGGUUCAGAUCCCAAUCAUUAUGAGGGUGACUUCACAUACGUUCCUGUUACUCAGAAAGGAUACUGGCAAUUUACUAUGGAUAGUGUCUUGAUGGCUGGUUACGAGAUAACUAAAAACACCCAAGCUAUUGCUGACACAGGUACCUCAUUAUUAGUUGGACCAGAUAAUGAUAUUGCUUUUAUUAACGAAGUAAUUGGAGUUGACGAGAAUGGAUUUGUGGAUUGUGGUAGUGUUGACCAAUUGCCUCCAAUUACUUUCGUUCUGAAUGGUGUUGAACACACUGUUUACCCUAACGAUUAUAUUCUUCGAGAAAAAGAGAAUGGCUAUGAGAUAUGUUCUAGCGGCUUUCAAUCAAGCGGAUCUGAUUCAUCUGAAUCAUCUCAGGCGUAUGGUCCGGCAUGGAUUCUUGGCGAUGUAUUUUUGCGUCCUUUUUAUAGCGAGUAUGAUAUGGGAAAUAACCGAGUGGGAUUCGCUCAUUCGAAAAGAGCUCUAGUAGUUGAGUUCAACUUAUUUUUUGUGUAUCCAGUCAUAACAUACAAAAAGAAAUUUGCCACAAAUUUCGAAAAUAUGUUUCGCUUUUUCGUGGUUGUGGCGCUCUUUGCGCUAAUUGACGCACAACUCCAAAGGAUUCCAUUACACAAGAAGGAUUCUAUUCAAAAAAUAUUGAAGAAACAGGGUAUUGACUUCAAACAAUAUCUUUCGACACAAAAUCAUAUUUCAGCGGAACCCUUGUCCAAUUAUGCAGAUGUUCAAUAUUAUGGUAAUAUCACUAUCGGAACUCCUCCGCAGCACUUUAGGGUAAUAUUUGAUACUGGUUCCUCAAAUCUUUGGGUUCCAUCAACAAAAUGCUACUCCUUGGGAUGCUUACUCCAUCAUAAAUAUGACAGUAGUGAAUCCAGUACAUAUAAAUCACAUGAUAAUACUCCAUUCGAUAUCCAAUAUGGCAGUGGCAUGGUAUCUGGAACCUUGUCUACUGAUGUAGUGACUGUUGCCGGUCUCACUGUUAAAAAUCAAACGUUCGCAGAAACCCAUAAGGAGCCAGGCAUAGCAUUUCUUGCUGCACAGUUUGACGGUAUCUUGGGCCUGGGUUAUCCCGAAAUAUCCGUGGAUGGAGUGACGCCUGUCUUCUUAAACAUAGUUAACCAAGGAUUAGUAUCAGAACCUGUUUUCAGCGUUUAUCUGAAUCCAAACUCUUCAGCCGAGGAGGGUGGUGAGUUGAUAUUGGGUGGUUCCGAUCCGAAGUAUUACGAGGGCAAUUUCACAUAUGUCAAUGUUUCUAAAAAAGGAUAUUGGCAAUAUCCUCUACAAAGCAUCACAGUAGGUGGAAAGCUUGUGGCUGAAGACAUACAAGCUAUUGCUGACACAGGUACUUCACUAAUAGUUGGACCAUCAGAGAUUAUCGAUCCCAUUAACAAAGACAUUCACGCUGAUAGUGAUGGAAGUGUGGAUUGUGAUAAGAUUGAUAAAUUGCCUGUAAUUGAUUUUAAUAUAAAUGGUGUAUCAUACAAUCUUACCUAUCACGAAUAUAUUCUUCAAGAUAAAGAUAUAUUUGGUUUCCCAAGAUGUACCAGUGGUUUUCAAGCAUCUAAUUUGCCUUUCCUGAUUAUGGGAGAUAGAUUUCUAAUCCGUUACUAUACCGUAUAUGAUAUGGGAAAUAACCGAGUAGGAUUCGCUCGUUCAAAAUAAAAAUUGCCUUGUUUUAAAGAACCACUAUUAUACCAUUAUUAUAAAUGAUAAUCACGCAAAUAAUUAAAUAAAAUUAUUUUUGAUGCAUA